AUAUAAUUUGACUUAGUUUAGCCAAUAAUGUUAAUUCAUUUAUGUGUGAUUUUAUAGGAUGGAAAUGUUUGUGUUUUGUGUAUACCUGUUUGCAGUCUAUGAAUUUACAUCGGCACAGAAUAGUGGCGGUAGCGAUUUAACACCACGCCAAGUGCUUUCAGAACUGAAUGAUAUGCAUACAGAUUUUCCAAACAAAAUGAUAAAGCCAAUACUGAUGGAACUAGAAAAGAAGCCGAGACUGAUAAAUGACAUUAAAAACAAAGACUUGGAAUUGAGAGCUGCACACGACACCAAUUCUGUAAUCAAAUUGAAUCCCGUAAACAUGACAUCGGACACAGGUUCAAUGCAAAUCUCACAUGCUGCCAAGUCGGAAUUCCAGAUUAAACCACAAAGAUCAAAUGAAGUAAUAUCUCUUAAACGAAAUGCAUUAGAAAAAGUAUCAACGGAUCUGUCUAAACAAAAUAAAAUAUAUAUUCUGAAUUUACCCUCUCGAACAUUCCAAGAAAAUGAUAUCGAAGCUAAUAAUAAUCAUGGAAUUAUUUAUGAUGUUCCAAAUUCUGUGAGGAAACUUCAAAUAAUAUCAUCAAACGCAGCUGAUAAUUUGCCUCAAGUUACAGGUUCUUUUACAAUAACAAAUCAACAAGCCCAGUUGGUUGCAGGACCCACAAGUGUCAAUAGGAUAACAAAUCCUAGAAGAGUUGUUUUGCUCCAGCGGAUUUUACCGAGGAGAAUAGUCCUUCCCUCAACAAACAUAAUACCAGUUUUUAAUAGGCCUCCUUUAUUGCCCGUGUUGAGGCCCGUUGGCAUAAAUCCAGUGCCGAUGCCUUUUUCACACCUCAUACCACUCAAUGAACCGGGACCGGGAACCUUGAUUCCUGUUGGAAUGCCUGCCCCAUUGUGUUUUUGCUCUGCACAACAACCACAGUGUUGUCCACUGAAGAGAGUGCUUAUCUAUUGAAUGAGUGUAUAAAGAAAAGAGGGCUUACAUCAUAUGGCAAUGACCGUCAACUACAGUAAAUCAGAAAUCAUUUCCGUCUACUGCUGAAUUUUGAAUCAUUUUGAAUGUCUUUUUAUAUUUAAAUAUGAUGCUUGUGAAACGUUUUAUGAAUGUAUUUUUUAAUUGAUCGUGUGAUCAUUUAUAAAUUGUUUGCAAUUAUAUUGUUAUGUAAAUUUAUUCAGGCAUACAUAUACGCACAUAAACCUAUUGAUUUCUUUGUUAAGGUUUCCAUAAAAUUUUGAUGAAGCAAAAUAAAAAGUUAUACUCCUUGUUUGGUUGAAAAAAAAAUGUUUAGAAUAGUUCAUGCUGUUAAAAACUUUGUGGUAUCAAUGCAUUUUUCACGUUUAUAUGCUACUUUAUCACGGUGGAUAAAAUAAGUUAAUUACUUGAUAAAUGAAUUAGGCCUCUAAUUUUAAGUAUAAUUAUUUUAAAAUUAAGGGACAAGUUAAACGCCGAGAUAUUUUUUCAAUAUUUUGGAAUUUUGCCAAAAAAGACUCGGUUGCAAAUAAAAAUUUUAAGACCUUAAAUUUUAAUUUUAAUUAAUAAAUGAUAUGAUAAUCGAAAUCAGAUGUAAAAAAAACUUGAUUAAACUAAAAAGUUAAUAUUUCGAAUGAAAAAUAUAACGGAGUUACAUUGAAUCAAUUAUACAUGUAAUAUUCAACAACUUCGAAACAAAUUUUGAUAUACUAAAAUUUCAAAACUGAAUUAAUUUCAGAUGAUUUUUUUUUAUAUUUUAAAUAUAGAUAAUUGAUAGAUGAUAAUCACUUUUAAAUGUCAUAAGAGACUAAAUGCCAUCAAUAACAUGUUUAAAAAUGCAUCAAAAAACAUAAAUAGGAAUGCGAUUUGUUGAUAAAAUUAGACAUUAAAAUGUUUAUUUUGCAUUCAUACCACAAACCAUCAUGCCUUAACACCACCAACUACCCUCCAAAAACAAUAAAUAAAAUAAACGUUUUGGUUACGAGUUAAAACACAUUUAACAGAACAAAAAACUAAGAAAAUGAAUGCAAAAAGGUAAAUGAACUUUGUGUAAGAAUGAACAAUAUACAUGUAUCUAGCUAACUCAUUUUCGUGAUUAAUCUUGAAGUUUAAAGCUGCGCAUUAUAAUUUGUCUUACCUAAUAUCAAUUCUGCCCAAAAUAGAAUUUCAUUAAUUGUACUUCCUUAUUUUUUAUUGAUGAUUUUAAUUUGAUGAUUUUCAUUUUUAUUGAUGAUUUUUGGUACCAACUUUUAAAUUGUGUUCUAAUUUGCAUCUAGUUACUUACCUGCAUGUACUCUACAUUGCUUGGUCUAACAAAAAUAAAGAAACUGCUUGUCAUCCAGCACUUCAAUCAAUCGAUCGAUCGAUCGAUCGAUCGAGAGAGAGAGAGAGAGAGAGAGAGAGAGGGAGAGGGAGAGACUUUAUUAUGAAGUAGCAACUCUAUACUGCUAUUAAAAUUGGUGUGCGAUCGAUUAUUCAUUAAUUUGUAUAGACAAAAAUGUCAGAUGUACUGGAAUAUUGAACUAAUUAUUGAUACAUUGAAGAUGUGCUCUAUAAAGAUCAACCUAUGAAAAAGUGGUAUACUAAAAUAACAUUUCUAAUUGUGAAUACAAGUGAAAUAUCAAAAAAUAAUAAAAUUCAUAAUGCAUCACGAA